AUGAUGCAGACGCAGUUCAGCAAGAAGGUCAAGUUUUGUGCGCCACGACGAGCUUGCGAGUUUGCGACGAACUCGCUUCAAGAUUUCUACGAAGUCGAAGGCAUCGAGCAACAAACCACGGUGCCAUACGCACAUCAAGCCAAUGGAACUGCUGAACGCGCGAUUCGAACUAUCGUCACGAUCGGUCGUAGCAUGCUUCAUCAUGCCAAGUUGCACAAGUGCUUCUGGGCUGAAGCGGCAAUGACGGCCGUCUAUGUGAAGAACCGUUUGCCGUCACCCAAGUUUCCACACAAGACACCGUUCGAGAUUGUCUACAAUUCUAAGCCAAGUGUCAAGCACAUGCGCGUUUUUGGGUGCCAAGCAUACAUCUUGACCCCGAAGGAGAAACGACUCAAGUGGGAUGCCAAGGCUCGUGCAGGUGUGUUCAUGGGAUACGAAGAAGUAUCAAAAGCGUAUCGAGUUUACGACAUCGAAGCGGGGCAGGUGAUGAUAAGUCGCGAUGUCAACUUCGAUGAGUCGGCCUUUGGACUGUCGAUGCUGAUUUCAGAUGACGAUGUUGAUGGCCUGGACUUCGAAUCGAUCGAUCUUGAUGAUGAAGAACCGCGUCCGAGACACUUCAAACAAACAGGAAAGCGCAAGGCCCAACCCAGUCACGACAAUGACGACGCAAGCAUGCCCCGAGCAGUGCGCCAACGACCCGGAUUGGAAGAGUCAAGUGCGCCGGAUGACCUCUCUUCACGUCGAGCCAACGAAGAUGAAGAAAGGAAGUCGGAGGAACAACAUGACACACCGACUUCCUCCGCGUUUUGGCACGCGAGUGCAAACGCCGUCGAAGCAGCGGUCGAUUUUUCGGAGCCGUCGACAUUUGAAGAAGCAGUGUCUGGCCCGGACCAAGUACACUGGCGCAAGGCAAUUGAUGCGGAGCUCGAUUCGAUGAAGCUUCGCGGUGUCUUUCGUGCGGCCAAGUUACCCAACGGACAAAGCGCCAUCGGCACAAAGUGGGUCUUCAAGAUCAAGCGCAAGGCGGAUGGGUCGAUCGAGAAAUACAAGGCACGACUUGUGGCCAAGGGUUUUCGCCAAAAGUAUGGCAUCGACUACACGGAGACGUUCUCGCCCGUGGUCAAGUAUGUGACGCUGCGAAUGGUCAUCGCCAUUACCAAGCACUUUGGAUGGCCCCUCGACCAGCUCGAUGUGGUGACUGCGUUCCUGUAUGGAGUGAUGAAGGAGAAGAUGUUCUGCGCUGUUCCGGAAGGCGUCAAGAUGGAAGGUGAUUUCGACUGUCUCGAGCUGAUCAAGGCGAUCUACGGUCUCAAGCAAGCCUCGCGUGUUUGGACCGAGACCUUCGACGAGUUCAUACGCUCGAUUGGUUUUCAAGCGUCGGGAUUCGAUCCAUGUCUCUACAUCAUGACUUCGGAAGGCCAUUGUGUUUUUGUGCUGGUCUACGUGGACGAUGUCUUGGUGACUGGAAGCUCGCUCGAGAUGAUUGCGCGCACCAAGAACGACCUCAAGACACGCUUCGAGAUGACGGACAGCGGCAAGUGUGCCUUUGUUCUUGGGAUCGAGUUAUUGGACGGUGAAGAUGGCAGCGUGACUAUGUGUCAGCGCCGUUAUGUCGACGAUGUCCUCAAGCGCUUUGGAAUGGAUGAGUGCAAGGCUGUGGCAAGUCCGGUGGACGUCAGCUCUCGACUGGUUCCGAGCAACUCUGCAAGCAAGGUGGAUGUCCCAUUCCGUGAAGCAGUGGGUGAUUUGAUGCAUCUGACGACUGCAACGCGACCGGACAUCGCCUAUGCUGUAAGCUUUGUGUCACGGUUCAUGGAGAAACCCCAAGAAGAACACUGGGUUGCAGUCAAGCGCAUCUUCCGCUACCUACAAGGCACCAAGAUGCAUGGAAUCUGCUACAAGCCAAGUGCGAAGAUCGACUUUCGUGGCUAUUCAGAUGCAGACUGGGCCGGUGACCUUGCUGAUCGCAAAUCGACGUCCGGCUACGUCUUCAUGCUAUUGGGUGCUCCGCUGGCGAUCCAAGAAGGCAAGUGGAUCAAUCGCUUGCUGUGCGAGAUCAUGGCGGCUGCAAACGAAGAAGGACCCGAGCUCGUCAUCCGUGAAGACAACCAGUCGUGCAUCAAGAUGACGAAGAAUCCGGUCAACCACGGCCGCGCUAAACACAUCGACAUCAAGUACCAUCACAUCCGUGAUGAAGUCAAGCGCGGCGAAGUGAAGCUUGAAUACUGCGAGACGACGUUGAUGUUGGCGGACAUCAUGACGAAGGGACUUCACGGACCGCGUCACAAGGAGCUGACAGAGGCGCUUGGCAUCCGCACGUGUUCGUAUUGA